GUCACCAUAAAUACCAAUCUUAAAAUUAGUAGAUUCUCUGAAGGUAGUAUCAGUUGAUUUUCCUUCUUCCAUAUGUUUUUGGUCAUAUUAACUUUAUCGGGGCUUUAUUUCUGCGCUGCUACAAACAUCUGCUUCAUCUCUCAACAUUGUAUUAUGUAUCUUCACAUGUUUUUUGAGAAUUAUAUAUCUUCACAUGUUAUAUUUGUGACUAAUGUAUAGUUCUUUUGGAUUUUGUGCGAAUGGCAGACUUAUAAUGAAGUUCAGCAUUGUUUCCUAACAGUUGGUUUGGUGUACGCGGAGGAAUAGUUUUUCUUCCUUCUUAAUGUGUGUAUUUUCUCCUUUGUACAUUCCAACACAAGAACUUAAUGAUAUUUUUCUCUGUAUAUCACCUAUCAAGGAGGCAAUUAGAAGGGAACCAAAAGCUUGCAAUAGGGAAUAACACAACCUUUCUUCAUUUUCCUCCAAUUUUUUUGAACUCCAGAAUUCAACCUUUUCUUUCAAAAAAUAUGAAAUGGCAAACUUAGUAGUGAGACUUGGUUAUUUACAAGGUAAUUGUUCCACUAAAUAUUCGUGUAUUUGCUCUUUGCCGCUGUCAGAAAUGCAAGCUGAAAGAAGAACCACUGGCUGUUGGUGUACUUUCUGUAUUAAAGCAUUUAUUACCCAGGUUCUUUUUUCCACUUCAAUUUGGUAAUGUCAUGUUUAUCUUCUCUCUCCCUAUUUGACUGUCAUCGACUAAGAGACCUUUACUAAUUGAAGUUGUGAAGCGGUUAUUGGAUGAGCUUAAUUUAGGGCUCUGUAAGGCCCUUGGAGGGGUAUUUAUGAGUUGAAAAUUUAGCUGUAGUUACCUAGUUAUGAUGCAAACACAAACUCUACUUCUAGAUUCUAUGUGAUUGUGUUGCUUGCUUGUAGCUAAUUGUGGUUAUGGCUUCCCACUGUUACUUGGUUGGUCCUUUUGGAGAGUUGUUCAUUGAAUAUCUUAUUCGCCAUUCCACAAUGUUUGGUCUGCACAAAGAUAAUAUUGAGAGAUCUAGGGAAUUGAACUCGUCACCUGGUGGUUAUUACCCUUUUGUGUACAAGAAAGUGGAGGUAUGGAUCUCUGGUAAAAUAUUCUGGAACUUGCAGUGGGUGGUAUGUUGCCUCUUUUUCAAUAUUUCCACCAAUUUCAUCUCAUAUUCAUGGUUGUGUUGAGUUCCUUGCCCUUUUCCUUAUGCGUGAUAAAACAGAAGUGCUUCCCAUCAUUGUUUUGGGGUGGGAAAGGGAGAGGUGGUUUCCAUCAUUGUUUUUGUGGUUAGAUGAGAUGGUUUUUAUUCCCCAUCUAUGGGGAACUUCAACUUGAGUUGACUCCUGCAUAUGUUUUAAUUAGUGUGUCAUACUUUCUAUCAGAAUGUCAUUUUUUAUAUGCUAAAACUAUAUGAUGUUCGAAUUAUCUUAUAUGAAAAUGGAUGCUGUUACAUUGUCAGAAUUGAGGGCAAUCUGUGAAAAGGGUCUUCUUCUAAUAACUGUUACUGUCCCUGAGAUGGAGCAUGUUUUAUGGCCAUUUUUGUUAAAGAUGAUCAUACCACGAGUUUACACUGGUGCAGUUGCUACGGUCUGCAAAUGCAUAUCAGAAUUGUGCAGGCGUAGAUCCUCUCAAAGUGGUGCAGCGGUUUUAGAAUGCAAAGCUCGUGCUAAUAUUCCUUAUCCUGAGGAGCUUUUUGCACGCCUGAUUGUUCUUCUCCAUAAUCCUUUGGCUAGGGAACAGUUGGCAACCCAGAUUCUAACUGACCGUAGUACGGGACAGAUGAUUGGCACAUGACAUGAAUCACAAAGCCUUUACUAUCUUACCUCUUCAAAUUCCUUCACAGCAUACUCCGUUACAGAUCCUCCAGACCUAAUUCACAAACGUUUGGGACAUUCGAGUCUAUCCAAACUGCAAAAGAUGGUGCCUAGCUUGUCUAAUUUGUCUAGUUUAGACAGUGAGUCGUAUCAACUUGGAAAACACACUCGAGCUAUAUUUUCACGUAGUACUAAGGGUCAUUCAAAGUCUAUUUUUUUAUUAGUUCAUUCUGA